AUAGCUCCGAUUGCAACAAUCUGGAGCCGGGUCGGAAUUAUAUUGAGGAAUAUUUGAUUCUCCAAGUACUUGUAUUUGACUUCAGUUUGAAGAACAAUUAAUUCCUUACAUAAACCCCACUUACUUGGAUCAUAGUCAUGUUAGGAGGAGGAGAAGAAGUUGCAAUAGAUGCAAUUAAACAUGCUUUGAGGGCUCUUCGGAAACGGCAGUUGGUUGAGGAAGGAGCUCAUGGGCCUGCUUUUGUUGCUCUUUCUAGGCCCUUUAUUUUUCAGGGUUCUGUGUGGAAGGAGAAAGCGGAAAAUCUUGAGACUGAACUUCAGCAAUGUUAUAAAGCUCAGUCCCGAUUGUCGGAGCAGCUUGUUGUUGAAGUGGCUGAAUCCAGAGCUUCAAAAUCUUUGCUUAAAGAGAAAGAGGAGUUGAUUGCCAGUUUGCAGAAUGACCUUAGUCAAGCAAGUGAAGAGUGCACUAGUCUGAAAGAACUUUUAGAAGAAAAGACACGAGCUGUAGAUUUGGUCACAAGUGAGAACCAGGAACUAAAAGCUCAACUCGAAGAGACGAGGGUCAGAGCUGAUGCUGCUCUGGCUGAAAAUAAAAUGCUAAUUGACCGUUGGAUGCUGCAAAAGAUGCAGGAUGCUGAAAAGCUUAAUGAGGCAAAUGCUAUCUAUGAAGAUAUGCUUGAUAAGGUUAAGGCGAGCAGUAUAGAGCAGCUUGCAAGGCAGCAAGUGGAUGGUGUGGUUCGCCAGAGUGAAGAGGGUGCAGAGUAUUAUGUGGAGUCUACUAUUCCUACAACAAAUAAAUAUAAGAUCCCUGCCCAUCAAGGCGGCUGUGCUGCCAUGGUAUUUGAGUACAACUCUAACAAGUUGAUAAGUGGAGGGCAGGACCAGACUCUUAAAUUGUGGGACACAAAUUCCGGUUCCCUCGGUAGAACGCUGCAUGGUUGUCUGGGCUCUGUUCUUGAUCUUGCAAUCACCCACGAUAAUAAAACCAUUAUUGCUGCAAGUAGCUCAAACAAUUUGUUUGUUUGGGACAAAGAUUCAGGUCGGAUUCGACAUACUCUGACAGGUCAUGUCGAUAAAGUAUGUGCUGUAGAUGUGAGCAGGUUUUCAAAUCGCAAUGUUGCUAGUGCGGCUUAUGAUCGAACGAUAAAAAUUUGGGAUAUGCAGAAAGGUUAUUGCACUAAUACAAUUAUUUUUCCAAGUAACUGCAAUGCACUUUCUUUUGGCCUGGAUGGACUUACUAUAUGCUCUGGUCAUGUUGAUGGUAAUCUUCGAUUGUGGGAUGUCCAGACGGGAAAGCUACUAAGUGAAGUGGUUGCACAUUCACUUUCGAUUACCUCAAUAUCUUUAUCAAGAAAUGGAAAUGUAUUAUUGACAAGUGGGAGAGAUAAUGUUCACAACUUAUUUGAUAUGCGAACUCUAGAGGUUUGUGGGACACUACGAGCAAGCGGGAACAGAGUGGCAUCCAACUGGAGCAGAUCCUGUAUCAGUGCAGAUGACAGUUAUGUUGCAGCUGGUUCAGCCGAUGGAUCUGUCUAUGUUUGGUCAAUAUCACAAGCUAAAAUCGUAAGCACUCUAAAGGAACACAAUUCUUCUGUUCUCUGCUGUUCAUGGAGCGGGCUUGGAAAACCACUGGUCACAGCCGACAGAAAUGGAACAAUUUGUACAUGGACUUGAAUGAACUUCUGAAAAUCAAGUUCCAGUACAUCACGCAACAGUAUGCUUGCAAGCCAAGUGAGGUAAUAUCUUCAAUAUUUACACCCACGCCCCGUCUGUUAAUCCAGUUACAUGAUGACACCCGAAUAAAACCGAUCUAUCGAACCAAAUUAUCAGCCAAAAACUCAUGAUUUUUACUGGAUGAUCCUGAUUCCCGAUCUCAGUAAUAGCAAUAGCACCCGAAUUCAAGAGAGCUUAUGCCGAGAAACUCAUGAUUCUUACUGGAUGAUCCUGAUUCCCGAUCUCAGUAAUGCAGAGAGUUUAUGUAUACCGGAUACGAUCUCGUUUUAGAUAUUUUUACCUUAAUUCACAUUUCUGAUUUCUUCGUGACAUAAUAUCCGUAUCGAUCAGUUAUCUCGGUUUCAA